AUGCAGCUACGUGAAUCUGGGUCGUUGGGCGAAAUCCCCUCUCCCCUCAGUACCGCAUCUCAACUUGAUCAGAAAGUAGACCCAGAUUUUUCUUCCGGCAGCCCCAUCAAUUCCGAUAUCUUUCGAUCUGAAAGGUAUAAGUUCAUGUGUGGACAUUCUGUACAUAAUAGUGAGUCCAACCAAAUCGAAAAAUUUAAUAUCUUUGUCGAGACGGUCAAUAGCAUCCCUCAACCUCAUUACAGAACCAAUGUGGCCUGCUAUGUAUGCGAUGACAUAAAUAUAUUCCAGGAAAAUAGUGAUUACGACACACGUAGCAACAUCCUUAAUAAAAAAUACCGAGGUAAAGAAUACUGGAUAGAAGGCUCGAUAUAUAACGAACCUCAAAGACUUAAGGUUACUCAGACACGGUGGAUAGAAUCCGUUCUUGACACUGCUCGUGAGGGUUGUUGUCUUUGUAUACUUGUAGUUCAAGCUAUAGCUGCAUUGGGCAAAGGCCAUUUCCAAGGUUCGCCCUUCAGUGUAUGCUUACAGGUGAAAGAUAUUGGUGGUAUCAAGAGGUAUUCAAUAAGACAGAGCGAGUUCGCACAACCAUUUGUUAUUGAGUUAUACAGGCAUCCGUUUGAGAUUAUAUUAUGUACGUUGAGGUCAAGAAUAAGUGUUAAUUCUCCUUACGCUGGCUUACAUGAAUUGCAGCCGCUCGUCACUUGUUUCGGACUAUGGGUGGCCUUUCAUUACCAUUCAUCACCGCUGCACAUGAAAUUUCGAACUCCAUGGCUGAAUCCUUACAAAAAGCGAAAAGCUGGAUUAAAAACUGUGAAGAGCAUCGAAAAUGAAAUCUAG